UUGACACCAGAAUAUUCAGAAGUAGAAUUUGAGAGUAACCGCAACUAUGGCAUCUAUCCGUAUCGCAUUUUUGGUCGCUUUAAUAGCUUAUGCUCAAGUACAGUUUAUUGCUGCUGACGACCUUACUACAGAUGAUACACUAUCAACCGAAAAUCCGAGUUCAGAUCGAUCGUUUUCUAUCGAAAGCAGCAACGUAGAAGACCCCCAGUACGAGUGGGACGCUAUCAAGUGUCUUACUGAAGCUUACGUUAUUAAUCCUACUAGCUUCGAUAUUGUCGUAGAGGAUUUCGCGAAGCUUUACAAGCUACAACAUUCUGGAAAUUGGAACGUGAAUGCUGGAUGUUCCUCCCUGUAUAUUCCAAAGGCCAAAAUUAUCAUAGUUAUCAAAGUUACAGAGGGGGCAGAUACAUUUUUUAUUACUCUUUAUGACUAAGAGUA